UGAAGAUUAAAUUCAAAUAUGAAAAACAACAAAACAAACAGGCACUUAAAAUAUAAGUAACGACUCUGGACACAACCAUUCACACUCGCACCAAUUUAGUUUUGAUAGAAAAGAAAGAGAGGAAAAACAAACCCUUGAUUCAUUUAUUUCAAAAGAAAGGUGGCAAACCAACUUUUACUACUGAAUACAGUAGUAGAGUUAGUUAGCUAGUUACUAUUAGAACACAAACAGUGUCUUAAAUUCAUCGGCAUCAUAGUUGGGGGGGGCCCACAGAGACUGCCUAUGUGUCGGGCCCAGAAUUUGGUGCGACACCCCUGCUAACCGCCACUCCUGCACAUCCGCACCUGUAGACAGAUUCGUUUCUGUCUUUUUAACUGUGGAGGAACAGCCCACACAGAAAGUCCAGAAAAGGAUCCAGAAGGAAGUCCAUUUGAACAGUGGACCCCCACGUGACGGCCGUGCUCACGACGCCCUGCCGUGUCAGUGGCCGUCAGUUUCCCUGAGCUGCUUUCACUCUGCGGGGAGUCGAGACAAUUAAACCCAAUGAAAAGCAGCUGCUCCAGCCGUGUCACACUCUGCCACCAAAGAUGGAGACCUCUCACUCCGCAGACCCUGUGUGGGUGACAGUCGUUUCUCUAUGUCUGCUUCUUUUGAAAUGUGAAGCCCGCGCCGCGUCAAAUCAUUUUCCAGCAGCACCUCGUGUCGCCGUGAAGAGUAAUAAUAACGAUGACACGUUGCUUUGCCUUGACGGCUUCAUGUCUGUUUACAUGUCAAAGGUGCAAUUUGCUGAUCUCCCCCACGCCAUUUAUGUUCAAGACGAAGGCGGCGGAUACCACCAGGCCGUCGCAGUAGCACACCAGUGCCACUACUUCCUCGGUGAAAGUGGCGCCUUCGUUGUCUUCACGGCUGCGUCUCAUGGCUGUUUUGUGAAAAGACAAAAAUAUACCACAAGUCUGACUGUUGUCGUCAUGGCACUUGCAGACAGAGGAGGAGUUGGAAUUGUCAAGUCGAUACCUCUCAUCUGUGACAGGGAAAUCAAAGAGGCAAACAAAAAGCUCUAUCCACCAACACAGUUUUCCUGCAACAGCAAUGGCUUCAACAUUACCAUCACCCAGAAUGCAACUGUCCCGCCCCUGAACCUGGACGCAGUCUGGAUCCCCUCCGGUCAAAGCCACAACUGUAAACCCCCCAAAAGAUCCAAGGGUGCCGUCACUUUCCACUUUCCGUUCACUGAUUGUGGCGCUCAGUCCGCGGUAGCAGAUGGGGUUAUAACCUACUGGAUCAACAUUGAGUUGAAAGGGCAUCGACAGAACGGCUCCAUAUUUCGUGACACUCCUUUCAAUCUUACUGUGCGCUGUAGCUUUGCACUGGAACAAACGACUCGAGUGGGCGUCAAGGUCCAGGGAGAAAACUCUGAGCACCCGUCAACGUUGAGGAGCAGAGGGAUACUCAGGACCGACAUGAGGUUUGCAAAAGAUUCCUCCUACAGUUCUUUCUAUUCCUCUCGGGACCCUCCAGUGGUGACUGAGCUCGGCCAGCCCGUGCAUGCGGAGGUGUUUGUUCUCAAGCUGGAGGACGGGGACUUGGAGCUGCUGCUGGACGACUGCUGGGCCACAGCGACGGAAAACCCACACGACCCGCAACGAUGGAAACUGCUCGUUAAAGGGUGUCCUUUCGCUGGCGACAGCCACAGAAGCGUGGUGUUGCCAGUCGUCUCCAGUAAGAAGCAGACGUAUCCGUCUCUUCGCAAACGGUUCGUGGUCAAGAUGUUCUCAUUUGUGAAGCCCCCAACAUUUGAAAACCAGUUCUAUUUCCACUGUGAUGUAGAGAUCUGUAAAAGACCAGACUGCUCACGGUCCUGCAGCAGCGGAAUGCAUAAAUCAAGAAGAAUGUCACCAGAGGCAGGACGGAGGAUUCUUCACAGUGUGGUCUCUGGUGGACCUCUUCUUUAUCUGCUGUAACUCUCCAUAAAAAAAGUUCUAUUUGGAGGCACCAACAUAUGAAAAGAGAACCGUCUUUGAUUCAUAAUGAAAAUAAAUCUUUACAUCACCAUAACCCAAAACCGGACUGUUUGAGAGGCUUUACCUCCUGAUGUCCUUUCAUCAGAGGAAACUGAACUGGAAGAGCUUUUUUAUGGCGUCGUCAUCACAGCUCAUUUGAGAACUACGGCUGUCCACGCAGUCUCUCGUCUCCACAACCAGACGAAUUGUACCAAAUAUGUCUCUGGUCCUUCAGUUUUCACAGCAUAGAAACCUUUCAAAUUACAGUAAAUGACAAAACACUUGAAUCACAUACUAACAGCAACUUGUCAAGAAAGUUGCCUGAAUGUCUCCUGUAGCUUAGGACUCUUGUGUGAAUUUCCUGUCUUAAAUUUACUAACUUCAGUAAGACAAAUGUUCUUCUAAAUGUUGUGUAUUGUACAUAAUGUAGGAGCUUCAUAUGUAUUUUGCAUAUUCAUGCAUAUCUGCUCACUGCUUUGGCACUUUAGGGGAUGGGACUGUCACUAUUUUGUGUUUAUGUGAUCAUGUUGUGAGUAAUUAAUAAUUAUAGAUUUUUAUUAACCAACACAUAUUCCUUUAUUAUUUACAAAAAGUCAGCUUUUUUAAAAUGUGGGUAUUUCAGCAGCUCAGAGACAAAAUGAGUGCAGGAUAAGAAUGAAAUCUAAUAUUAUAAAAAAUGGAAUGGCACUAUAUGGAAUAAAUCGAGCUAUAGGACAAUUAGACACAAAAUACACACAUUUAUUUUUAUGUUAUUUUUGUAUUUUUUUCCCCUCAGUGUAUGUCUGUGCAAAUAGAGUUUA